CAAUAUUGAAAUGUAAAAUAAUCUUGUGCUUUAAAAGUUUUUAUAGAACAACCCAUUCAUAGAAGGAAUUGUAUUAAUGGAUAAAGAGGGAAUAGAGUAAGAAAUAUAGAGAAACUUAGAAUAAUAGCGGCAUUUUAAAAUGAAAAUAGCAAGUUGAGAACAGGAGCAUAAUCAUUAAUGUAUGUAGUAGCGAUUUAAUAAUGCAAUGAGAAUUUAAGAAAACUUUCUGAUUCUGAAACAAAGCAAAUUACAUUAGUUUAUGAGUAUUGAAUAAUUUAUGAAUUUAGUGAAUGGAUAAUUUAUUUCGAAAUUUGGACCCAUACAAUAUUGAUAUUUUAUUGUAAUAUAAAGGCAAAUAUUGAGUCAUUAAAAUAACUUGGAUAGGAUUUAAAGCGAAUACUUUCACCUUAUAAUGAUUUAUUAGAAAAAUAGUAAAAAUGA